CAUUCUACGUCACGCUAUUGGAGAGGCUUCCCAGAUGUCAAUGCGCUGCACAGAUUCGCACAAUGUAUGGAGGGCCGCCAUACUGGUGGGACGAUAUCGGUCACUCUGUUGGCUGAAUUCCCUUCAGUUGGGGGCUUUUGGGCAUCCCAAUGCAGUGUACUCCUGUCGAAAUAAAGGAGAAGUUGCUGAAGGCUCUUGAUGAAGAUAAUAAUGUGGUCGAUAUGGCAGGAGUUUUGGCGGUCAUCACCGUGUUGGAGACAUAUCCAAUCACCCGAGAGGCCUUGGAGCAAACAAGGAUCGGCAGGACUGUCAAUGAACUUAGAAGGAAAACUUCUAAUGAUCAAUUGGCCAAACGAGCAAAGAAACUGGUGCGGAACUGGCAGAAACUUAUAUCAGCCACUCCACAGUCCGAUCAUGGUCCUGUUAAUGGUGAUAAAGAUAAUGGAGAAACGAUAGCUAGAAAGCACACCCAGUGGUCGUCUCUUCAGGGUGGUGAUGCGUCAUCUUGUCCUAACAGUCCAGCGUUCCCACAAAAGUUAGUGUCUCCGGCACUAAACAGAGUGAAUGCACAAAAUGCAAGUGUUCGAUCUAGUCCUUCAAAAUCACAUUCGGUGAAACCAACAACACCAAACUUGCAGCUAUCUCAAAGAAUUAAAAGUAAACCAAGUACACCAAAACUGCCACAGAGUCCGGCAACUUUCAACAGUAAACCAAAUACUCCUAAUCAGCAAUUACAACAACGAGGUAGAAGUAAACCAAAUACACCCAAUUUGCCUCAGAAUUCCAAGAUGGGACAAUCUCCAAACCUAAUAAGAACUGAUUCUCCGAAAUAUUGUCUUAACCAAAAAAUUGUCAACUCGCCUAAGGUAUCCAUCAACUCGCCUAAGGUAUCCAUCAACUCGCCUAAGGUAUCCAUCAACUCGCCUAAGGUAUCCAUCAACUCGCCUAAGGUAUCCAUCAACUCGUCUAAGGUAUCCAUCAACUCGUCUAAGGUAGCAGUACUUGAGAAUUCCAGUCGUGCAGCAUCUCCAUCAGGCUCUAUAGAAUCCAGUCUGGGCAGACCUCUCACACCCUCAGAAUGUGGAAGUACUAGUAGGCCCCUGACCCCACAGUCAGUCUGUAAUGGGCCUGAACAAUCUGGAGGGAGGUUGCCUAGAAAUCUAUCUCAUGAGAGUUUAUCAAACUCAUCCAUACAUAAUAACACUGAGGAAAGACACCAGAACAGUUCAAAUCAUUCCAGUGACGUUCCUUUAGUCUCUAAAACAGUCUCUCCACCAAAGGCUAUUAAGGCUACAAAGCCAGAUCAAAGCUUGAAUGUAAAAACUAAUGUUGCCAACAAAAAGCGAUCACGAGAGGAUGUGAACGGCUCGGGGCACCCCAGUAAAAUUGCACGUAUGCAAAACAGUGAUAAUUGUAGCGGAUCAUACAAAAAAGCUAUGAAUGGCUCCUUGCAAUCCACAUUAUCAAGCAUUGAUGCAAGUUUAUCAGAAAUUGGACAUAGCCCCAGUGCUUCAACUCCCGAUGGCAAAGGCAGUUUUUCAAAUAAGAGAAAUGUUAAUCUGUUGUUAAAAACUGAUACCACACCAAAAGUGACAUCAGAAAAAGCAACAUUAUCUGGGAAGACGCCCAAAGUGAAAACCACAGCCCAGCUAAUAGCAGACUUGCAAGCAAAGAGUGGCAGCGCAGCAUUGGGACGUAGUGUUAUCCGAGAUAUAGAGACAAAUCAGAUACACAAAGAAUCUGAUGUGCCCGAUUCUGUACUUCCUCCAGGAGUGGGUAAAAAACGGAGACUGAAACCGGACACCUCCACUCCUAUCAGGUCUCAUCUUACUCUCAGCAAGACAAAAACGGAACUUGUUGAGAAAUUUUUACAAACAUCUGUUACGCCAAAUAAAUAUGAAAUCAACAAAGAAGAAUCUCCAUAUACACCUGGUAAAUAUGACUCGAGUCUAGAGGUAGACGUGACGAACAGUUCAGGCGGAGACACAAGUUUUCGCCCAGCAGAGGUUAAACAGGUAGAACUUGCUGAUACAGAGAGCAAUAGUGUACCUACGGAGGAACGCGUAAAACCAUUAACUUUGGAGGAGGCCUAUAAUUUGCUUCCACCUAUUGAUUAUGAUAAUGUGUAUACAGAGGAUGCAGAGGAUGUGUCUGAACCUAUUCCAGUGGAAGGCGUGUCUGUGAGUGAUCAAGAUGUUCAUCGUGUGCUAGAGGAACAGUGGGAAGGUGUAAAUGGUGUCCGUAAUACAUAUGGAAGUUGGUGUGAUUGGACACAAACCAUGUCAAGUUCAUCAUAUAAUGGUGACGUUUUGCAUAUUUUGCCAUAUGUUCUCAUAGAUGAAUAAUUAUAUAAAUAGUCCGUGAUAUUGUUUUGAAAUCCUGCUGAAGUAAAUGAAGAAACAGUUAACUCGACAUCAGUUUAGUGCUUUCAUUUAUGCAGGACCUCUCAAUUUCUUAUGUUAAGUUGUUUUUGCAGUUUUUUUAUUUGUAAUAGUUUAAUAUAUGUCAUGUGUUAUAAUAUUUGUGUAAAAUUGUCAAAUUUAAAUUACAAAGAGAGGAUAUCAGAUUUAUUAAAUAAAUCAAAAGAAAAA